CUCGUAUAAUAUUUUAAAUAUUAAAAAAUUUGAGUGAUUAGGCAAUAAAUAUAGUGAGCCCUAGUGUAAUUCUCCCAAAUAUCAUUGAUGAAUUGGAAAAGUAGGCCUUGGGGAGAGAAGUACGAAGCUGACUUGAGAACGCGUUAUAGCCGCCCAGGAAUCAAUCCAAAACCAAAGACUUCCAAGUUCACGCCGUCUUCUACCCGUGCUACCUGUACUUUUCUUCUAUACAUAACCUCUACUUCUUCAUCACCAUUACCCUUCAGCUUCAUCAUCGAUCACCAGACUCACCACCAUCAUACACCAUAUCUUUCAAAGCUCAUACCUCCCAUGUACACCAUAACUCUACACAUCUCCUUCUUUCUCUAUCUCCUCUUCUCCAUCACCACUGCCGCCGCUGCCAUCAGCGACACCGCCAACGCGCCACCUUACAGUCCAAGCGACUACUUUCUCCUCAACUGUGGUUUAUCUUCUAGUUCUAACGAUGCCGACGGCCGAACCUGGGAGGGAGAUGCCCGCUCCAAAUUCUCGCCGUCAAACAUUUCAAUAACUUCUUUGGAAUAUAAAGCAUCCGAGCAAAAAACUUCUGUCAAUCAAGUCCCCUACAUGACUGCUCGGAUCUUUCGCUCUGAAUUCACCUACACCUUCCCCAUCACCGUCGGACCAAAAUUCAUUCGUCUCUAUUUCUACCCAGUUAAUUACUCUGACCUCGACAUAGCCAACUCUUUCUUCUCUGUCACCUCCGGCGGCUACACCCUCUUAAGCAACUUCAGUGCCUUUCUCACUGUCUCUGCCAUGAAACCCGCAGUUGCUUCCCUAAGAAAGGAAUUCAUCGUCAACGUUAGGAACAACCAGAAACUGAACAUAACCUUUUCGCCGUCUCCAAACUCUUACGCCUUCGUUAAUGGCAUUGAAGUCGUUUCAAUGCCGGAAAAUCUCUACAUUCGCGGCAGUGAUUAUCAAAUCCCACUAGUCCCGAACCAAAUAUCAUUCAAUAUUGAUAACACCUCUGCUCUUGAGACUCUCUAUCGAUUAAAUGUUGGCGGUAAUGAGGUCUCAAUAACCGAUGAUACCGGAAUGUUUCGUUUAUGGCUUUCGGACGAUGCUUACACCUACGCAGCUUAUGGGUUUACACCUCACAGGGAAGUCCCAAUCCAGUAUACAAAGGACACACCACCUUACACUGCACCGAAGAUCGUUUACACAACCACAAGGACCAUGGGCAACCAAAGUCUAACAUACAAUCUGACAUGGAGAUUUCCUGUUGAUUCUGGGUUUUAUUAUCUUCUCAGACUCCAUUUCUGCGAGAUUCAAUUGGAGGUGGCCUUGAAGAACCAAAGGGUUUUUAUAAUAUACAUCAACAAUCAAACGGCACAGAGAAGAGCAGAUGUUAUCCACUGGAGUGGUGGCACUGGAAUCCCGGUGUUCAAAGAAUACGUCAUCAUGGUCACCGACCCAGAUGGUUGCCGGAACAAGCAAGACUUGUGGCUCGCUAUGUACCCUGAGCUCGACUUUAAACCUCAGUACGCUGAUGCUAUAUUGAAUGGUUUGGAAAUCUUCAAAUUGAGUGGAACAGACGACAGUCUCGCCGGGGCAAACCCUGAACUUGUACUCAGUCCACCGCCAGGACCAUUCCCAUUGUCACCGCAGAAGAAGAACAAUAAAAAAACAUCUACUUUGCCGGUUAUUAUCGGUAGCGUAGUCGGAGGAGGGUCUGUUCUGGUCUUUAUCUUAGGUUUCUUGAUUGUCCGACGACGGAGGAGAGUGAAAGACUUGGGCUCAACACAGCCCAAGUCGUCGUGGGUCCCCUUAUCUGACGGUUCAAAGUCCACAAAAACCAGCGGUUCAUCACUACCGUCUGAUCUAUGUAGACGCUUUUCACUUGAGGAGAUCACAUCAGCUACAUGCAACUUCGAUGACAAUUUUGUCAUCGGGGCAGGGGGAUUUGGUAACGUGUAUAAGGGCCACAUCGACAACGGUGCAACCACUGUUGCGAUCAAACGAUUGAACCCAUCAUCAAAUCAAGGGAUCCGCGAGUUCCAAACAGAGAUCGGUAUGCUAUCAAAGUUACGCCACCUCCAUUUGGUGUCGUUGAUCGGUUAUUGCAAUGACAACCGUGAGAUGAUUUUGGUGUAUGAUUAUAUGGCCCAUGGAACCCUUCGUGAUCAUCUUUACAAAUCGAAGAAACAACACCUUCCGUGGAAGCAACGCCUUCAGAUUUGCAUUGGUGCAGCAAGGGGACUGCAUUAUCUCCACACAGGUGCAACACGCACAAUCAUUCACCGUGAUGUGAAAUCCACCAACAUUUUAUUGGAUGAGAAAUGGGUAGCUAAGGUCUCUGAUUUCGGGUUAUCCAAAUUGGGUCCCAAGGAUGUGGGUCAUAGCCAUGUUAGUACAGUGGUGAAGGGUAGUUUCGGGUAUAUUGAUCCAGAAUAUUAUAAACGACAACAAUUGACAGAAAAAUCUGAUGUGUACUCAUUUGGGGUUGUUUUAUUUGAGGUUUUGUGUGGUAGACCAGCUGUAAUUCCAAAAUUUCCCAAGGAGCACAUGAGUUUGGCUGAGUGGGCCCGAAAUUCUUAUAGAAAAGGGACCCUUGAUCGGAUUAUUGAUACUAAUCUAAAGGGUGAGAUUGCGCCAGAGUGUUUGAGGAAGUUUGGCGAAGUAGGUGAAAGUUGCUUGCGUGAUAAUGGGAUCGAUCGUCCAGGAAUGAAUGAUGUUGUGUGGGGCCUUGAAUUUGCUCUGCAACUUCAAGAGGCUGCUGAGAAGAUGGCUCACGGUGGUGGUUGGUUGCUCCCGGCGGCGUUGGCCAGUCCCUCUGUUCCUCUUCUACAUGGAGAGGCAACGACCACCGAUGAUGAUGAAGUAUUUACUGCGUCAGUCGAAAACAUGUCAAGAUCAACGGUCAGCAGUGAGAGAUUGAAGUCGGAGACUGUGUUCUCCGAGAUCUUGAAUCCCGUUGGACGUUGA